AUGUCACAAAAGGAUAGUUUACUAGAUAAUCCAGUCGAAUUUCUGAGAGAGGUCAGAGAAAGUUUUAAUAUUCAGCAAGAUGUUGAUGCCAUGAAAAGGAUCCGUCAGGAUCUUGAUACUAUAGCAGAGGAAAGCGAGGCAAAGAUCGCUAAUGAGCACUCAAAGGUAUCUGAGUCAAACAAGAAGUUGAACGCAGAAAGAAUAAACAUUGCAAAAUUAGAGGGCGAUCUGGAAUAUACUAAAGAAGAGAGCAAUGAGUUUGGGAGCAAAGACGAGUUGGUUAAACUUUUAAAGGACUUAGACGAAUUAGAGCGUAAUAUUGUGUCACUUCGAGGCGAAUUAGACGAGAAAAUGAAAUUAUACAUCAAAGAUAGUGAGAUAGUACCCACUGCGGAAGGCUCCGAAAUAAAUCCAAAAAUAAUGGAAUCUGAGUUGGAUGAUCAAAGUACCAUCAACCCAGAAGCCAAUGAAAACGUUUUGAAACUGAAACUAUACAGAUCACUGGGGGUCAUUUUGGAUUUAGAGAAUGAUCAAGUGCUUAUCAAUGGAAAAAACGAGGAAAAUAUUGAUGUUUUGCCAUUGGAUGAUAGCCUUAGUGACUUUUAUAAGACCAAAUACAUAUGGGAAAGGCUAAGGAAGUAG